UCUGAUUCAGUCCAGCCAGGAGACUCCGUGACUCUGGACAAUGUGAAGAAGAUUGUCGCAACGGAAUAAGGCGUCAACAAAAAUGAUGUGACCAGUUCGACCAAUCACCUGCAACUCCAUUGUUGAAGUGUUGUCUACAUUGGUGGACUUUUUCCACUCAAGACAAGUUGUGAGGACGAUGACACCUUCAAAGAGGAUCACACUGUGUCUGAUAUUUCCACUUCUUGUAGAGAUGGAUGUAGUAGCUGGUACUGGGUCCUCAUCUAUACUUCAGGACAGUGGUCUCAUAUCAGCCAACGUUGGAGACGCAGUGAUUGUGCACUGCUUCUAUAAAGGCCACAUGGACAUGUAUUUCUCCUGGUACAAGCAACCCUUGGGAGAUAAGCUUCAACUCUUCUCAACUGUCUAUAAGUUCGACAGGAACGCAACAUUUUACCAUGAGUUUAAGGAUAACCCUCGAUUCUCAGUGGAAAACGGACAAGAAAAGAAUCACCUAAAGAUCUCAGACAUGCAGCUCUCUGAUUCAAGCACAUACUACUGUGGAAGCGCUUAUGGCAACAAGGUGGAGUUUGGAAAAGGAGCCAUUCUCAUAGUAAAAGGUUCAGGGUCCAGAAACAUGACUGUGCUCCAGCAGCCUGUGUCUGAGUCAGUCCAGCCAGGAGACUCUGUGUCUCUGAACUGUACAAUACACACUGAGACCUGUGCAGGAGAACACAGUGUCUAUUGGUUCAGACAUGGCUCAGGAGAAUCCCGUCCAGGAAUCCUUUACUCGCAUGUAGACAGGAAUGAUCAGUGUGAGAAGAGCCCUGAGGCUGGGUCUCAUACACAGAGCUGUGUCUACAACCUCCCCAAGAGGAACCUCAGCCUCUCUGAUGCUGGGACUUACUACUGUGCUGUGGCCUCAUGUGGGGAGAUACUGUUUGGGAAUGGGACCAAGCUGGACAUUCAAGUUCCAGAACAUGAUUCUCCAUUUGAUCUGAGUCCUACUGUUCUGUUGUUGGUCGUCUCCAACAUCGUUUUGGGGAUAGUGACCCUUCUACUUGUCUGGGCGCUGUGCAAGACUCUGAACAGAGAUAGCAGAGGGAGGACUGAUGUCCCAACAUCCCAGGGCAAUCAGAAUCAAGACAGUGACGUGUUGAACUAUGCAGCUGUCAGUUUCACCCCCAAGAAGAAGUCCUCCUCUAGAAGAGCAAGAGAGAAGACCAGCAGAGAGGAUGCAGUGUACUCUGAUGUCAGAUACCUUCAGCAGCAGUGAACGAUAUCACCACUGUCACAAAGACUACAAGAAGCAACAUUUUAUUAUUUAGUAACUUAAUUGGCUUUGUAGUUCACAAUUCAAAAAGAAAAUAUAACUUUAAUAUUGUCUUUAUGUUAGAUUUACAUAAUGAUCCUGUCCAUCCUUACAUAGCCAUAACAUUUCACAGCUUGUAAGAAAUCUUCUGAUAGAGAAUCCCAUUUUUUGCGUUAUGACUGUGUGUUUUUAACAUAAUAAACCA